GCGCGCAGUGCGGGCGGGCAGCGCCGGGCAGCGGGAGCGGAGCUCAGCGCAGCGCUGCCCGCAACGGGAGCUGCCGAGCCGCUUCCUCCCGCAGCAGGUCCGGAAACUCCUCCCGCAGCCAUGGCGCUGGUGAAGAGCGGUUGGCUUUGGCGGCAGAGCUCCAUCCUGCGCCGCUGGAAGAGGAACUGGUUCGUGCUGUACCUGGAUGGCAGCUUGGUGUACUACCAUGAUGAGACACAGCGUGACAUGGACGGACGGAUCCACAUCAAGUACAGCUGCAGGGACGUGAGGACCGGCCGGGAGUGCAGGGACGUGCAGCCGCCCGAGGGGAAGAGCCGCGACUGCCUCCUGAUGGUUGUGCUGCGGGACGGCUCCAAGACCACGCUGUGCGCAGAGAGCGAGGACGAUGCUGUUGCCUGGAAGAUGGCCGUGCUGGAGGCUAAAUCCACCCCGGUUCACGUCUAUGACCCCUAUGAUGAUGACUACUACCAGACCGUGCCCCUCGACUCCCACCAGGCCGCCUACAUCAGCUCCGGCCACUACGGCCCCCAGCACGGAGCUCCGGGGGUGACCCACGUCAUCGUGCGCGAGGAUCCCUACCGGGUCUCUGGGGACCAGAUGGCGCUGGGGCUGCUGGCGGGGGCCGCCACCGGCGCUGCCCUGGGCUCCUUCAUGUGGAUGCCCUGCUGGUUUUAGCAGCCUCCCCCCGCAGGGUGUGACCCCCAGCAGGUCCCUCUGGCACCUCCCCAGCCUGGUUUAACUCCCCCCUGCCUUGGGGCCCACCUGGAGCAGCCUGCGCGAACCCCUGACCUGCUGGGGACAG